AUGACCGCCCAAAGACUCAAGAUCGGCUGCGCCGGCCUCGGCCGCAUGGGCAAGCGCCACGCCCUCAACUUCCUCGAGCGCACUCCCCGCGCCGAGCUGGUCGCCGCCAGCACCCCGGACGACUCCGAGAUCGAAUGGGCCAAGGUCCACCUCGCUCCCUAUGGCGUCAAAAUCUACAAGAACUACGACGACAUGCUGAAGCACGAGGGCCUCGAAGCAGUCGUCGUUGCGUCUGCUACGGCCGUACACGCCGAGCAAGCCAUCAAAGCCAUUGAGGCCGAGAAGCACGUCCUCUGCGAAAAGCCGCUCAGCACAAGCGUCGAGAUCUCCCAGUCCGUCCUGGACGCCGCGAACGCAAAGCCCCAUCUCAAGGUCAUGUGCGGGUUCUCGCGCCGCUUCGAUGCGUCCUACCGCGAUGCAUACAACAAGAUCUCCUCCGGUGCGCUGGGGACGCCGAGCGUCAUCCGCAGCCAGACCUGUGACAAACUCGACCCGACGGGAUUCUUCGUCGCGUACGCCGAGUUCUCCGGCGGUAUCUUCGUCGACUGCUCCAUCCACGACAUCGACCUCACACUCUGGUUCUUCGGACAAGACUCCAAGGUCCGCUCUGUCUCCGCCGUUGGCAUCACAGCCGUUGAGCCCGAUCUCCGCAAGCACAACGACCGCGACAACGCCGUCGGCCUGGUCGAGUUCUACGACGGCAAGAUGGCGUAUUUCUACGCGAGUCGUAUGAUGGCCGCGGGCCAGGAAGAUACCUCCGAGUUCAUCGGGACCAAGGGCAAGGUUACCGUGAACGCGCAGCCACAGCUGAACCUUGUCCAGACGUUCGACGCCGGCGGUAUCAAGAAGGAGAUCCCGCAGCACUACUACGACCGCUUUGAGUAUGCGUUUGUCACGGAGGCGAAUGAGUUUACGGCGUCUGUGUUGGAGGAUAAGCCCGUGCCGCUGAAGCUUGAAGGUGCGGUGCAGGCGGUGCGCAUUGGCGCGGCGCUCCAGGAGAGUCUGAUUACGGGCGAGAAGAUCUUCUUUGAUGAGAGUGGGCAGCGGGUGCAGAAGAACAAGCUUUAG